AUGGUGGUGGUGAUGAUGAUGGAAUCAUCUCGGGUGUACCAGGACCGGGUGACCCCUUACCCAAACUCAUCAAGAGUGAUCCAGCAUGAUACAGGACGAGCAAACUCACAGAACCCACCCAUGGUGAACCAGAAUCUAGCAGGAGCGACAGGUGCCCAGGGUCAACCCACUGGGCUCCAGUAUCCAGCUGGAACGACCAGUUUGCAGACUCCACCUGGACUGGCCCAAUACUCACUGGGAACAUCGGCGCUCCAGACCCUGCCUGCAGACCUUCAAAAUCCUCUGAACAACAUCUACUGGCCAACAUAUACCUCAAACCAGUCCCAGUGGAACAUGUCAUUUGGAUCAUUUCCUGCAUUUAAUCCCAAGAAAUUCAUAAAUUUCGAGGAGGUUUGGGCCAUCCAGACCCUCAUUGCCCUCACGCAUAUUUUCUCUGGAAUCAACCCUUCGCUGUAUUAUAAUUUAUUCACAACUGGAUGGUCAGGGUACCCGUUCUGGGGAGGAAUAUCUGUGAACGGCAGCAUCAGCAUGAACGUUGCCAGUGCAAUCUUCUCCCUGGCUGGGAUCUUCCUUCUCGUUGCAGAUCUGAUCAUUCUCUCGUGGAACAUGAUGGUGAUUCCAACCAUAUUCAGUGUCAACUCAGUCAACACUACCACUGGUCCUAUCAGUGCUACCACCAGCCCUGUCCACACUACCACCAGCCCUGUCGUCAACACUACCACUGGCCCAGCCAACAUUACCACAGGCCCUGCCAACCAAACCUACCCUCCUGAUGUGCCCUCUGAACAUUCACACCAAGUUAGAACUGGUUUUGCCCAGAGGUAG